AGAUGUUGUGGGCAUAAACAUUUCGAGUAAAGUAGUGAGAAAACAUGAGUGGUUUACGUAAGCUUGAGGGUGAAGUUGAGAUUAGAGCAACUGGUGCAGAUGCACACCAUGACAUACUUAAGAAUAAACCUCAUCAUAUUUCUCAUGCUGCCCCUCAUUUUGUGCAUGGUGUUGACUUGCACGAGGGUGAACAUGGCAAAGUUGGCUCUACACAUACUUGGAACUACACUUUAGCUGGGAAGCCUCAGAAAGCAAAGAGUGUACUUAAAGAGGUUGAUGAGGAGAAGAAGUAUGUGAAAUACCAAGUGAUCGAAGGCGAUCUCUUGGAUGAUUAUAAGACCUUCUAUGGAGCAAGCCAGGUGAUACCCAAGGAUGAAGAAAGCAACAUAGUUAAAUGGACUUUAGAGUAUGAAAAGAAGCAUCCCGAUGUCCCUGAACCAUCUGCUCUGCUCGACUCAUGGCUUGAUGCUAUCAAACACGUCGAUGAUCAUCACCAUGGCCAAAAGUAAACAUAUUAAGUUACUUAUGUUAUUACAUACGCCAUGUUUAUCAAAAUGUUGUAAGAAGUUGCAUGCUUUCCUUGCAAGUUAUUUGUAUUAAUGUUAAUUGUGACUUUGUGAGAGAUAUUAUUGCUACAAAAUAAGGCAUGUAUGUAUGAUGUAUGUAUUCAGUCCUUGAUUAUCCAUGUGUUAUUAAUAUAAUGUGUCCUAAGCUGGUUUUGUUAGAUUUAUUAUUAUAA